AUGGGCAUACCGCGGUUGACGCAAUGGCUUCGCAGCACCUUCCCCGAUGCAUUUGCGCUAGAGGCAGAUCUCCAAGCCGAGCAUGUGUAUCUGGACGUGAACUGCAUACUCCACGAAGCUUUGGGCGCCUUGGGCGGGUCCGCCCCAGAGGAAACGUUCCUACGGCACGUUUUUCAGCGGCUGGAGAUCAUCUUGGCGCAGUGUCCUGGCUCCGAGAUGUGCAGAUUCACUGCAGCGCUUCUUUGUAUCUGGCCUUGGACGGCGCAGCGGCAGCUGCCAAGGUGUCCGAGCAACGGCGACGUCGGCGUGCCAGGCAAGAGCAGGUUGGACCACCUCCUGCCAAAGCUCUUUGCCGAGCAGAACGAGGACCAGGCGCUGCGUCUAGGCCAUCUAGCUCUGAUCUCCGACGACCCAGACAACGCUGAGAAGCUGUCCCACAACAAGAGGUGCAAGAAUGUACUGGACGUAUGUUGGCAGGUCAUAGGCAGCGACAUCCUGACCUCACAUGAUGACUCGAUCAGCAUCCUCGUGAACUUGCUGGUGCCAUCCGCGACCCGGUCGGAGGUUUUCCGCGGCCUGGCCGAGUUUGCAAGGGAGAAGGGGAGCAUCGAGAUGCUGUUGAAGCAUGUUGACAUGCCAGCCCUCGGACACCACUUGGUCAAGGCGGUCAGCCGAUGUGGGAAUGUGGAAGACCGGGAUGUUGCACAAGCGUGCAGCCUGACAGCGGCAUCCAUGGAAAAUGCUGAGGAUAGGGUUGCUUUCUGCAACUUCAUCAUCAGCCAAGAUGGUGGGGACUCCUUCAUGCUGAAGCUUUUCGAUGCAUGGCCAUGGCAGUUUGGAAGUCUGCAGCUUAUUGAGACCCUUGACAGCUUCCUGAUCAGUCCCGUGGACAACUUGAUGUGGGAUGCGCAAACAGCGAACAGGCAGGAGUUCGCCGAGAAGUGGCUCACUUUCCUGAUUCGUCAGUUCCUGGAGCCUGCUGCAGAGAGCACCACUUCGAUGCACGCCCUCGGCGAUACUUUGCAAGUCAAGGAUAGCACCUUCCGGAAGAUCCUCCUGACACAGGAAUCCUUGUUGGAGCACUUGGUGUCCAACUUGGUUGUCAGCUUGCUGACGAACAGACAGGAUCAUUGCAGGAUUCGUGCUGCGAUGUAUGCUGCCCUGCACGUGGCUUCAUCCCGCGAGCCGUCAGCUUUGCCGCUCUUGGCGAACCAUGCGCGCUUCGACACGCUGGUGGCGUUGGCAGUCGAGAACAUGCAGCUCGCUAUGGAGGAGGUUGGUGAGAGAAAAGAGCACGACAUCAUUAACGUGCUGACGAUCUUUCUUCAGAAUGAAGCAACCAAGAAAGCAGUCCUGGCUGGCAGCAACGUUAAGCAGAUCAUUAAUUCCAUCAGCCUCCUCCUGGCUGCGGAGUCCUCCACACUGCUGAGCUCCUGCCUGGAGCUCUUGCAAAGCCUGGUCGAGAGCAUUGACUCCGGGGCGCUGCUGGGUGCAGGCAGCAGCCUAGAACGCCUCAUUCCUCGUCUCUGCAGUUUGGAGAAAGGCAGAGACAUUCUCUACGGCUUGAUCCAGCUCUUGCAGUGGUGGCCUCGCUACACUCAGCUGAUCUCCCUGGACUUCAAAAGCGAGUGGCUGUCGGAGCUGCUCCAGGAGAACAGCGAGGACGCCCCAGCUCCUGUGCGGUUGGAGGUACAGCGUGAGCAGCUGCUUGCGAGCCUUUGCGCAGGAUUGGCCCAGUGCUCCAAUUCUCUGUCUUGGGGUAUCGAUGUGAGUUUUACCGAUGAGUCUGACGACGAGGGGGAAGAGGACAGCAACCAUCGGCAAGAGUUUUUCCGUCUGGCUGCUGAUGAGUUCAUGAAGCUUGGGCUGUUUGUCAGCAAGGACGGACGGAAUUCGUCCUUCCACAUCAACCCGGAAGCCAACAGUGAGGAGCAACUCCGACAGUUCGAGCUCUGUGGCAAAGUGAUCGGCCUGGCGCUGCUCCACCAAGAAACACUCCCGUCGAUGCGCCUCAGCCCGGCGCUGCGCAAGCUUUUGCUAAGCAACGCGAAGCUGGGCAUGGAGGACUUGGCAGCCGUAGAUCCCAAUUUCUACCAGAGCCACGUCCUGCGCAUCCUGGAGGGUCAUUACACUCAGGAGGAGCCGCCAAAGCAGCUUUCUGACUUGGGCCUGACCUUCGAAGACGAGAUCGGUGGUGUGAAGACUGCGCUCUGCUGGGAGGGCGCCGAGAGGGUGGUGUCAGAGGAGAACAAGGGCCAGUACAUAGAGAAGCUGUGCCAUCAUCGGCUGUUGGGUUGCGUCCGGCCUCAGGUGGAUGCUUUGCUCCGCGGCGUUCAUCAACUGAUCUCUCCAGAAGUGCAGAGUCAACUCCAGCGUACCGUCUCAGCUGCUGAGCUUGGUAUGAUCCUUUGUGGAGCGGCCAAGCUCAACUUGCAGGAAUGGAAGGAGGCCAGCACGAAGAUGGACGAGCUUUCACCGGAAGCAUGGCAAAUGUUUUGGGAAGCUCUUGAGGCGAUGACGCCAGAGCAGCAGAAUGGCGUGCUCGAGUUUGCCUCUGGCAGUUUUCAUCUUCCAGAAGGUGGCUUGCCAGCCCUGCAGUUCUCCGUGGCACCGACAAGAAGCAUGGAGCCAACUGCAGUCCCGUGCUUCUCCACGCUGUACCUCCCGAGCUACAACUCCGUCCAAGAGAUGAGGGAGGCGCUUGUUAUGGCCUCCUACGGGCACCCAAUUAGCAAGUAG